GCAUUUGAAGGGAGGAGGACGUGGAGGACGAAUGAAGGAGCCGCUCACGAAUGACUCUACAUGACACAUGAGGGCUGAAAGGACGACGUGAAGAGCGCGGAUCCUCUGGAAACAUCUGGAUUCCGUGCGCCCUGGACAUCCCCCCCCCCCCCCCCUCAUUGGAUUUGAUUGGAUUUAUUUCUCCUUAGUAUUAGAUUCCUGUGCGAGCGGCUCUCGUGCAGAUAACCCAGAGGAUACACGCGUUUAUUAGCCCUGUUUCUUUAUUUCUAACAAAGAAAACAUGUGAGUCCUCGUCCGCUCCGCGAGGCAGACGAGCCCCGACCUCUGAAACAGCUGGAUCCUGUGGAUUUACCCUUUUUUCUUUGACCUCCUCCUCCAAGAAAAAAACCCCUUCGGAAAGGAGCCUUCCGCCGAAAUGAGCGUCGAUUUAAUCGAAUCAGCUUCGUGAGCGGAGUCUAAACAAACGCGCACUUCUCACCGGGAGCGCACAUUGUGCUGGUUCCCCCGUUUUUUUAUUCCCAAAAUAAACGGCGCCAGUGGAGAGAGAAAUAUGGAAAGCGAGGUUUUCACCCCUUUGCUGGAGCAGUUCAUGCUCACGCCUCUGGUCUGCUGGGUGAAGACAGUGGGCCAGCCCUCGAUGACCGAUGCCACCAAGUUAUCGGAAUAUGUUGAGUUGGUGGACGGGAUUUACCUGAACGAGAUCAUGCUGGAGAUAAAUCCUAAGGCCACGGUGCAGAGGACCAACAAGAAGGUGAACAAUGACCCCACCCUGCGCAUCCAGAACCUCUCCAUUCUCAUCAGGCAGAUCAAAGCCUAUUAUCAGGAGAUUCUCCAGCAGUUGGUGAUGAUGCCUUUACCGAACGUGCUGGUUCUGGGCCGGAACCCUUUGUCUGAACAAGGUCUGGAGGAGAUGAAGAAGCUGUUGCUGCUGCUGCUCGGCUGUGCUGUUCAGUGUGAGAAGAAGGAGGAGUACAUUGAGCGAAUCCAGAUCCUGGACUUUCACAGCAAAGCUGCCAUAGCAUCCCACAUCCAAGAGGUGACUCAUAACCAGGAGAACGUGGUGGACCUGCAGUGGUUGGAAAGUGGGGAGAUGCCUCCUGAGGAUUUAGACAGUUUGUCCAGGAACCUGGCUUUUCACCUCAAACACCUGGUGGACGAAAGGGACACACAGCUGGAGACCAUAGUGGAGUUGACCCAGGAGAGAGACUGUGUGCAGUUGUCCCCGCUGGCUCCCUGUCCAACCCAGUCCCCCGGCGACUCCCCCAGCAUGAGGAGGACUGAGAGCCGACAGCAUCUCUCCGUGGAGCUGGCCGAUGCCAAGGCCAAGAUCAGACGCCUCCGACAGGAACUAGAGGAGAAGAGCGAGCAGCUUCUGGACACCAGACAGGAGCUGGACAACACGGAGGUGGAGUUCAAGAGGCUUCAGCAAGAGAGCUACCAGCUGCUGUCUGACGCCCGGUCGGCUCGGGCCUACCGUGACGAGCUGGACGCGCUCAGAGAGAAAGCGGUCCGUGUGGACAAGCUGGAGAGCGAGCUGGUCCGAUACAAGGAGAGGCUUCACGACAUCGAGUUUUACAAAGCCAGAGUCGAGGAGCUGAAGGAGGACAACCAGGUGCUGCUGGAGACGAAGAGCAUGCUGGAGGAGCAGCUGGACGCCAGCAGGACGCGCUCUGACAAGCUGCACCUCCUGGAGAAAGAGAAUCUGCAGCUCAAGUCCAAGAUCCACGACCUGGAUCUGGAGCGGGACUGUGAGCGUAAGCGUAUGGAGGAGCUGAUGGAGGAGAACCUGGUGCUUGAGAUGGCCCAGAAGCAGAGCAUGGACGAGUCCCUGCACCUCGGCUGGGAGCUGGAGCAACUCUCCAAAACACCGGAGCUCACUGAAGCCCCUCAGAAGUCUCUGGGCGAGGAGGUGAACGAGUUGACCUCGAGCCGCCUGCUGAAGCUGGAGAAGGACAACCAGGCGCUGCUGAAGACCGUGGAGGAGCUCAGAGGAGCAGCCAGUCAGGACACCGUGAAGAAACUGGCGAGAGUCGGCCAAGAAAACCAGAAGCUGAACCAAAAAUUGGAGCAGCUGCAGACGGAGCUGACCUCAGACAGAGACUCUCUCCGCAGCGCCGAGUCGCUGAGCACCGACCUGAUGAAGGAGAAGGCUUUACUGGAGAAGACUCUGGAAUCACUCCGGGAAAACUCUGAGAGACAGCUGAAGGGUCUGGAGCAGGAGAACAAGCACCUGGGUCAGACGGUGUCCUCUCUGCGUCAGCGCUGCCAGGUCGGCGCCGAGGCCCGGGUCAAGGAUGUGGAGAAAGAGAACCGCAUCCUCCACGAGUCCAUCUGCGAGACAACCGCCAAACUCAAUAAGAUGGAGUUUGAGAGGAAACAACUACGUAAGGAGCUUGAGGUGAUGAAGGAGAAAGGUGAGAGAGCAGAGGAGCUGGAGAUUCAGAUGCAGAAGAUGCAAAGAGACAACGAGAUCCUGCAGAAGAAACUCGCCAGUCUCGCGAUCACCUGUGAAAAGGUGUCCUCUCUUGAGAAGGAGAAUUCAGAGCUGGAGGCAGAUGGCCGUCGUCUGAAGAAGAAGCUGGACGCUCUGAAGAACAUGGCCUUCCAGCUGGAGGCCCUGGAGAAGGAGAACUCCCAGCUGGAGGAGGAGAACCUGCAGGUCCGGCGCUCGGCAGAGAGCCUCCGGUCCGCGGGGGCCAAGGCGGCUCAGCUGGAAGCAGAGAACAGGGAGCUGGAGAGCGAGAGGAGCCAAAUGAAGCGCAGCCUGGAACUGCUCAAAGCCUCGUCCAAGAAGACGGAGAGACUAGAGGUGAGUUACCAGGGCCUAGAUACGGAGAACCAGCGGCUGCAGAAGGCGUUAGAGAACAGCAGCAAGAAGAUCCAGCAGCUGGAGGUGGAGCUGCAGGAGGUGGAGACCGAGAAUCAAACCCUCUCACGCAACCUGGAGGAGCUGAAGAUCUCCAGCAAACGCCUGGAGCAGCUGGAGCAGGAGAACAAGACUCUGGAGCAGGAGAGCUCCCAGCUGGAGAAGGACAAGAAGAUGCUGGAGAAGGAGAACAAGCGGCUGAGGCAGCAGGCGGAGAUCCGCGACUCCAAGCUGGACGACGGCAACCAGCGCAUCUCCAGCCUGGAGAAAGAGAACCGCACCAUGGGCAAGGAGAUGAUCUUCUUCAGGGAUUCCUGCACGAGGGUCAAGGACCUGGAGCGAGAGAACAAGGAGCUGGUCAAGCACUGCACCAUCGAUAAGAGGAUGCUUGUGGCCCUCAGAGAGGAGCUUGUGAGUGAGAAGCUGCGGACCCAGCAGAUGAAUAAUGAUCUGGAGAAACUGACCCAUGAGCUGGAGAAGAUUGGACUGAACAAGGAGAGGCUGCUGCACGACGAGAUCUCCGACGACAGGUUCAGGCUCCUGGAAACCAAACUGGAGUCGACACUGAAAUCAUCGUUGGAGAUCAAAGAGGAGAAGAUCGCCGCCCUGGAGGCCAGACUGCAGGAGUCGUCCAACCUUAACCAGCAACUUCGCCAGGAGCUCAAGACGGUGAAGAAAAACUAUGAAGCGCUGCGUCAGAGGGAGGAGGAGGAGAGGAUGGUGCAGAGCUCGCCCCCUAGAGGAGGAGAGGAGCCCCAGCCGUUCAGCAAAUGGGAGAAGGAGAGUCACGAAACCACCAGGGAGCUGCUGAAAGUCAAAGACCGACUCAUCGAGGUGGAGAGGAAUAAUGCCACGCUGCAGGCUGAGAAGGCGGCGCUUCGGACUCAGCUCAAACAGCUGGAGACUCAGAGCUCCAACCUGCAGGCUCAGAUAGUGGCACUGCACAGACAGACCGCCUCCCUGCAGGAGAACAACACCACGCUGCAGACACAGAACGCCAAGCUGCAGGUGGAGAGCUCCACCCUGAACUCGCAGAGUGGCGCCCUCAUGGCCCAGAAUGCCCAGCUGCAGACUCAGCAGAGCAGCGUGGAGGGCGAGCGCGAGGGAGCGCUGAAGGAGAAGGAGGAGCUGAGGUCCACCUACGAGCUGCUCCUCCGCGACCACGAGAAGCUGGCGGCGCUGCACGAGAGGCAGGCGGUGGAGUACGAGGCCCUGAUCGUGAAGCACGGGGGCCUGAAGGCCUCCCGCAAGAACCUGGAGCAGCAGCACCGGGACCUGGAGGACCGGUACAAGCAGCUGCUGCAGAGGAAGGGGGAGCUGGAGGAGCUGGAGAAGAACCUGAAGGAGCAGCAGGAGAAGAUGGCGCUGGAGAAUCAAACGCACAAAGACACAGCUGAGCAAUGCAAACUCCUCAGAGAGGAACACGACAGACUUAACAGCACCCAUCGUCAGCUGGUGAGGGACAAUGAGAACCUGCAGCUGGACCAUAAGAACACAAAGACCCAGUUGAACAGCGCCAAGCUGGACCAGACCAAGCUGGAGGCCGAGUUCUCCAAGCUGAGGGAGCAGUACCAGCAGCUGGACAUCACCUCCACCAAGCUCACCAACCAGUGUGAACUGUUGAGCCAGCUGAAAGGAAACCUGGAGGAGGAGAAUCGUCACCUGUUGGAUCAGAUCCAGACUCUGAUGCUUCAGAACCGCACCCUGCUGGAACAGACCAUGGAGAGCAAAGACCUGUUCUACGUGGAGCAAAGACAAUACAUAGACAAGCUAAAUGAGCUGAGGAGAGCGAAGGAGAAGCUGGAGGAGAAGAUCAUGGACCAGUACAAGUUCUACGACCCCUCACCUCCACGCAGGCGGGGCAACUGGAUCACUCUGAAGAUGAGGAAGCUCAUAAAGCCGAAGAGCCGUGAGAGGAUGCGCUCGCUCACGCUGACCCCGUCUCGUUCGGAGUACGCCGACGGCUUCCUGAGCUUCCCCCCCGACAGCCAGGACAGCUCGUCCAUCGGCUCCGGCUCCAACUCGCUGGACGACACGCUCACACAGAAGAGGAGCAGCACUCUAAAAAAGCUGCCUUUCAUGAGGAACAGAUCCAAGGACAAAGACAAGGCCAAGGCCCUCUACCGGCGCUCCAUGUCCAUGAACGACCUGCUGCAGACCAUGGCGGUGGCGGGCGGCCCCGGGGCCCAGUGGGCGGGCAGUAUCGAGAAUCUCGACGGCGCCGAGGCCGGAGAGGGCGGCAUGACGGGGAGCAGCCGGCGCGGUGGGCAGCGCAUGAAGGAGCUCGCCUUCUCCACCAACGCCAUCGACUGUGCGGCCCUCACCCUGCCCAGCGCGGGACGCAGCAGGGCCAAGCUCCGGCUGCAGGUCAAAGAUAACGUCUCCUGUGAGGACAUUGCCUCCGACGACCCAAAGAGUCAAGCCACCACCAGACCCUCCAGUCUGCAUAGCAACAGGACCACCAGUAGUAAUAGUAACAAUAACUCCCACCUCACUUCUCCUCUCGAGGGCAAAGGCACGUUGAACGGCAGCCUGAGCCGCCCACACAGUGAGAGCAGUGGUGAGUUCAGCCUGAGCCUGGACCAGGAGGUGUGGUCGAGCAGCGGCAGCAGCCCGGUCCAGCAGCCCAGCACCUCACGCUCCUCCCACCAGAGCCCCAUGCAGCUGCGCAGGUCACUGGACCCGACCGGCGCCGCAGGGAUCCCCGGACAAACCCAGGUCAGGAAGACGGGGUCCCCGGCCAGCGAGGUGCUCUCCCUGCAGCAGUUCCUGGACGAGGGCAUUGAUCCUGCAGAGUCUGGCAGUCAGGAGAACCUCACUGUGGACUCUCCUCGCCUCUCCACCUCCUCCGAGCACGUGCAGAAGGAACUCACUACCACAAAGAGCCGCGGCAUCUUACGCUCCGCCAGCGGCAGGGCGGCUCCGGUCAGCUCCGAGCGCCCGCCCAGGUCCACGGGACAGCCGGGCCGCCCCACCCUGCGGAAGGCGGAGAGCACCCGCGUCCGAGGCUCCGUCCCGAUGCGCUCCAGCCUCUCCUCGCAGGGCAAAGCCACGUCCGUCUCCGAGCGCCUGGACUCCACCUCCUCCACGCUGCCCCGGGCCAGCAGCGUCAUUUCCACGGCCGAGGGCUCCACGCGGCGCACCAGCAUCCACGACCUGCUCUCCAAGGACAACCGGCCGCCCGUGUCGGUGGACGUCUCUCCUCCCGUCGCCUCCACCAAGGCUGGGGUACGCUCCAAGCCUACAGCCAGUGAGUACCCCCCCAACAGCUCCAACCUAAAGGGACCCCUCAUCACCGCCGCCCCCCUGCCCAAGUCCCUCAGCUUACCCUGCCAUAGCUUGGAGGACCCCGACCUCUCCACCCUCGAGUCCUUCCUCGGCCCUUCCUUCACCAUGGAGUCCGUGUUCAUGGACUCCAUUUUUAGCGAGUCAGGGGGCAAAAACCUCCCCUUCCUGUCUCUGAACCCCACCCUAGUCAGCAACAUCAGCGGGCUGCCUCUUACAAGUAAACCCCCACCUGCCGCACCCGUCCCGACCCACGACUCCACCCUAAACCAGACCCCUCCCUGCCAAUCUAACGGCCAAAUGAGAUCCGACCCGGCCAGUCCGGAGGCCUUUAACGAGGGCGCCGACCCCAGUCAGGAGAAUAAUUCGGACCAGUCCCUGAACCCAGAGGACAACCAGUCCCUGUGGUACGAGUACGGGUGUGUGUGAAUGACGAGGAGGGUCCGGCUCGCUGAUCCGAGUUAAAGAACGGACGGACAAAUCCUCCUCCUCCUCCUCCUCCUCCUCCUCUGCAUGUAUUUAUCAGAGCACUGUCUGUCUCUGUGUGGUGGAGUGGUUUCAAUGGUGCUGACUGGUGAUUGGUUUUGUUUUGCUUUUAUUUUUAUUUUUAUUUUUGUCACCUCCUCCUUUGUUUUUCUGUCCCGGACUUUGAAUGUUCCUCCGUCCAACAGCCUUCAUGUCCUCAUCCGAUCUGUGUCACUGGCUAACAACCAUCGUCUGCUUUACUGGGAUCUGCUCAUCUUUCUGUUUAGAGCUUCAAUGGAGACUCAGCCCCAAAAAGGAAACCAGUUAAAAAAAAAAAAAAUCAAAGCAUUGCAUUGUGGGACAAAUAAUAUAUUCACUUGUGGUUUUUUUAUCAUGAUGUUUUAUGGGAGUGUUUUUGUUUUGUGUGUGUUUGUGUUUCACUUACCUGCAUGGCUUCAUUCUGUCGCAGUCAUUUUGAUUCCUGUGAUCAAAAUGAUCCUCUUUUUGUUUCCUUUGAGUGUGAAUUGUGUGUUUUUUUUGUACAUUUUGUUGUAUUUUCUUUUGCAUUUAUUAACUGGAGACCUUUUGGACGAUGGGCUUCCACCUGGUUGACUUUGUGGGCUGGUGACAAACUGAUGCAGCUUCAUUCUCUCAGCGAUCUGAGCGGAGGAUUGAGUUCAGGGACGAGUGGAGGAACAGGAGGAGAGGGAUUAUUAUGUUUCAGGCACUUUUUGACAGAGUCACAGACACAAGGGGGCGCCAGAGCAAGUUGAGGAUAGUUUGUCUCAUCGUUGUGGGAAUGAAGCUCCAUCAUUUCUUUUGGGUAUCUGGAAACUUCCCCACGCACCACACCUAGAGAACGGAUAUUAUUUGAUUAUGUAUUUUUCGAUUGACAAGAUCUUGUACAGAUUGUUUUUAAGUUAUAAUCAAAGACGAGCACUGCGUGACGUGCUGACGCUUACGGAACCGCCUGCGUCCGGAUCCUUAUUUAUUUCUGCUUUUUUGUUGUUGUUGUUGUUGUUUUUCACUUUGCAGUGUCCGUUCUGAAGUAUGCAUGAUUGUAUUUAUCUGGGAUCCGGACGUUCAGGCCGGUGCAAAGAAGAUGAAAAUGUUCUGCUCACUGUCCACAGAUGUAACAUGAACGUUGCCUUUGUCCUACAGAUGAGGAGGGCAGAAAGUCUAAGAGCAGGAGCGGGGAGCAAAGCUGCUAAACCCUGCCUCCCCCCCACCCCCCACCCCCCACACACCCUGGUCUGUCUGGUAACAUGCUGUGAGCGCGUGG